UAUUUACUAUUAACCCAUAAAUAAAAAAAUAGUACACUCAAUCUAAUAACUUAUUAACAAUAGCACUCGUAUAAAUCCAUCAAUCAGCUCAUCAAAUAUAUAUUUUAAAGAACCAGAAGACGCUGGAAUUCUUCUCAUGGCUUAUGUUGAGCGAGGUGUUGUGAAAUCAAAGCGAUCAAUAUGGCGACUGAGGACCAUCAUUGAUUUCUUCUGGGCAAUCAUCAAUUUUAUCGGAGUGUUUUUUUCGACCAUGUUCUCGAUGGAAAGGUCAGAUGCCUAUAGAAAAAGCUCUGGUUCAAGCAAGAAAUGGGAUGGUGGUCCAGGAAGUGGACCGUAUGGUGGUGGUGGCGGCCCACGUCGACCAUCACGAGGACUAGACAAUGUUCGAGGAAUUGAUCAUAGUUCCCUUCCUGCUUGCGGCUCUUGCUGUGGUGGCUAAUUCCCAAACAUUGUUGUGUCUAAUUCAUUUUUAUUUUGUGCAAGAAAUUUAUAAGAUGUUAGUGUCAAUAGACUGCCUGUUAAACCCUUUUAUUUUUCUCUCUCUCGAAUUUUGACACUUUUUUAUUGUCAUAAAUUAAAAAUUGUUGAGAUA